CCUGUUGCCCUUCUGUUUGCUACUGCUCCUGUCACUACCUGAGCCUCAGACCCCACACACACGGCAACUACCCUGGCAACUACCCCACAAUGACUCAGCAACCAGUCAGUCUUCCUGCCAAGCUCAUCAACGGUGGUGUAGCUGGUAUGGUGGGAGUUACCUGUGUGUUUCCUAUAGACCUAGCCAAGACCCGACUCCAGAACCAACGCAGCAAUCACCAGGUCUACAGGAACAUGAUGGACUGUCUGAUCAAGACUGUCCGGUCUGAGGGCUACUUUGGAAUGUACAGAGGUGCAGCAGUCAACCUGACCCUGGUAACCCCUGAGAAAGCCAUUAAACUGGCUGCUAACGACUUCUUCCGUCACCACCUGAGCAGGGGAGAGCAGAAGCUCAGUGUCUUUAAGGAAAUGUUAGCAGGCUCUGGGGCCGGAAUGUGUCAGGUGAUCAUCACCACUCCCAUGGAGAUGCUGAAGAUCCAGUUACAGGACGCUGGCAGACUUGUGGCUCAGAGGAAUGUGGCCGUCCUUCCCGCUCUGAGGCUGGGUGGAGCCAGAGCCGUGCUGAGCUGUUCCUACAGUAUGGGACCCCCUGCCCCCGUGCGCAGAGUGUCGGCUUUGCAGAUCACCCGGGAGCUACUGCGCACGCAUGGCAUCCAGGGCCUGUACAAAGGCCUCGGGGCCACCCUCAUGAGGGACAUACCGUUCUCUGUGAUCUACUUCCCCCUGUUUGCCCACCUCAAUGCACUGGGGAAGCCGUCCGGAGAGGAGAGCGCUCCCUUCUACUGGUCCUUCGCCGCAGGGUGCACGGCAGGAUGCAUGGCAGCCGUAGCCGUCAGCCCCUGUGAUGUGGUGAAGACGAGACUGCAGUCGCUCAGUAAGAGCGCCAGCGAAGAGAUGUACAGCGGCGUGAUGGACUGCUUCAGUAAGAUAGUUCGGAAGGAAGGUCCCGCGGCUCUCCUGAAGGGCGCGGGGUGCAGGGCCCUGGUCAUCGCCCCGCUCUUCGGCAUCGCGCAGGUCGUUUACUUCGUAGGAGUCGGAGAGUUCCUCCUGGGCCAGUCCCCCUUCACCCUCUACGGGCCCUAAACACAGUCGUGCAGCACGAGAGGCCGAAUGUUACAGCUGUGAGUGCAAGGCAGCUAUAGAGCGACUUACCGAGAGGUGGCCAGGGUACGUUGGGGUGUGUGGUGUGAGGUUUACUGUGAAAACGGCACCUGCAACUUCCUCGAUAUGCUGUGAAAAGGAUGGACUUGUCAAUGUCAUUUUAUAAGUAUCCCCAGGACCAGUCUUCAGUUUCCCUUGAGAGGUAAGGAGAGGAAUGUUUGCCACACUCGAAACAUCAGAAAACUGCUUGACAUUUGCUCUUAGUUCGUGCUAGGUUGUGUCUUACCCUUGCUGACAGAACUACUAAGACUGGGGUGGGGGUGGGGGGUGGGGGGUGGUGGAGUAGGAUAGGGUAGGGUGGGGUGAGCAUGAAAAUGAACACGUGUGUUCUGUGUAGUUCUUCAAAACAGGCUUUGGGUUCCUGUCUGGUGUGUUGCAAAACCGCCAGCGUGUAGCAGCACACGUUUGUGGGGUGUUCAGGGAUUUAGUGCACCACCUGGUGAGGACAUUAAGGCACUUAGAACUUGAUAAAAAAAAAGAUGUUGGAUGUUGGAGUUGAACAGUGUUUGAUGUGUUCGAUGUGGUCACAAUCCUAAUAGAAUUCCAAGGAGCUUGGAUUUUCAAAGCACAGUUAUGCACUGAUAUAAUUCCAAGGAGCUCUGAAAUGUCUCAUGUUGUUUGGAUAGGGAAAGGUCAUGCCGCCCGACUGGACCAAGAUUGAGUUGAGCAUUUUUUGUGGUUAUAACUUCAUAUGCAUAACUUUCUUCAUGGGAGAUAUGAAAUCAUUUAUCAGGGUAAUGUUAGUAGACGACAGACCAUAGAGUUUAACCUGUUAGAUUGUCAUUAUAAUCCAUUAGUAUCACUGACUGAUUUAAUUUAAUUUAAUUAAGCAAUUUUCUGGUUUUACGUGUACGAUUUGGAUCACAUUCCUGGCCACUAAAACAAAAGAAAAAUGUGGUAUACAAACACCCUUCGCUAAAGCAGUGUGAAAAUACAACCUACGGUUAACAUUAAAAAACAUCUUGAAUACAUAUGAACAAACAAUGCUGAAUAAAUAAACAAGUUCUCUUUA